GUGGGAUGGAGGGUCUGCCUCUUCCCCCUUCCUCCUCCUCCUCCUCCAUUGGGGCCUCAGGAGGCAGGCCCCCAGGGCGGGCGGGGACAGGGCAGGACAUGGAGGAAGGAAGAGCUCCCUCAGAAUGCGACUCUGAUGAGACCAUAGUGUCAGGGUCCCUCUUAAAUAGUGACCUGGAUGAAGAUGAGCUGAACCUCAACAGGUUAACUGUUGCCAAAGCCUCGGAUUCUACAUUUCAGCUCACUUUUAGACCCGCGAUCACAGGAAUAUAUGGAGAAGUACUGUCCUCAGAGGCUCAGUAUGUGGACAAAGAAGACCUGCAAGAGCAGAUGACUAGUGACCUGAUGAAAACACACUCUCUAAGGAGGAUUGAAACUGAACAGCCUCAGCCUUUAUUACCGGAUGGAAAGAACGAUAUGACACAGAUGGCGACCUUUCCUCCUGCUGACUUUCCACCGCACUCUGUAGUGCAUGUUGAGGAUAGCUCCUCAAUGGGCCUAAAUGAUGGAAUUUCUGGAUUUUGCCAAAGAGCAGAAAUGAAGGAAAACAAUUGGCUCCGCUGGAUUCCUGAAGCUCCUUAUCAACAUUCACCGUAUUACAGUGAAGAAAGCAUCAGUUUGAGGAGCACUACUCCCCUUUCCUACAGAGGAGAAGAGCAGGAGACAUCAUUAAGAGGAAUGUUGUCUUCGGAACCAGAUUCUCUGAGACCCAUCAUGAUGACCUGGUGUGCAAGAGAUUUCCAGAAAAUAGAUCGCUUUCAGAAGCCACUGUUGAGUAUGGGAGGGUCACCUGAAUUGGUUAUGGAAGAAAUACCUUUCCAACCGAGAACAUUAGCACAGGAACCCCCAAACCAGUGGAGGCUGCUCAGGGAGACAGAGAGUCCACAGCAAGUGUUCCCUUCAAAUCCUUCGUUGGACUGUGUGGAAGAGAUUCUCUUUUCAGGGACCUCUGAAAGUGAGAACAAUGAUGACUUAUCAGCUGAGCUGCAGAUAGUCCUCAAGACUCUGUCGGAUUCCGGGUCGGAGCCCACUUCUCAAGGAGCAGAGAAAGGUAGCGGGCUCCAAUCCAACAGUGAGCCCAGUCAUACUCAGACAGAUAAUUGUGGCACUCAAAACCCAGAGAAUAAUUUGGAGCCUGAAUGCUCUGUUCACUCAUUUGAAGCAGUUCAGCAGUUAGCCGAGGCUGAAGUCAAGGACCCAUCAAAUAAGCAAGUUGUUCUAGAUUCAAAAACCUUGGCUCCUCAAAAUGUCAUCUCCUGUGGCGAGCCAAGUAAUGAAAAGAAUUCAGAUCGAAAGGAAAUUAGCCCUGGCAUUUCAACUGCCACAGAUUCGGCAAGUACGGCAAGGAGAUCCUCCAGAUUGAAAACACUAGCAACAAGAAAUGCCGCGACGUCGAUGGAUGGAGUAAAUAAUAAGCCAGUGGAGGUUCCCGAAAAACCACUCCCCUACAGGAUACGUCGGAGGCCCACUGAGGACUUGAGAACACAAGAUCCUGUUGUUCGGAAUGAAAGAGUAAGGGAAUGCUCACCGUCAAGCCAGCAAUCAUCUUCAACCAGAAAUAGUGGUGAAGAGAUAAGGAGAAGCAAAAGAAUUGCAAAUAAAAUGGCGAAAGAACCUCCCAGGAAAGUAAUGAAACUUUCAAAUAUCAACCGGAGAGAUAUUUAUGGAGACUCACUCCUGCAUAAAGCUGCUGCGAGAGGUGACUCAGAGCUUGUCCGGGAGUGUCUAAAACUAGGUGCAAAUGUAAACCGACCAAACUACGCUGGCUGGACCGCACUUCACGAAGCCAGCGUGGAAGGUUAUUACAAGACAGUACAUGAGCUAUUGAAAAGAGGAGCUGACGUGAACUGUAAAGGGAUGGGCGGCACAACCCCAAUACAAGACGCUGUACAAAUGGGGCACCUUGAGGUGACAGAGUUACUUCUUCAGUAUGGAGCUGAUCCCUUAUUGCAAAAUGACAACGGAGCGUGUGCUAUGGAUACAGCUGAAGACCCAAGUUUCAAGCGGCUCCUGGAAAAUUACAUCGUUAAAUCUAGACGACAUCAAAGAUCAGUUCAAGAGAAUACGUCACUUGACAUAGACACUUCGCUCCAGCGCAAGAAAUUAGAGCCCAUUCAGAAAGGCCACGUUCAGCGGGGCAGUUCCAGAAAGACAAGGCAGGGGAAUGCGAAUGUUAGUCGAAGAAUCCGUAUGAUUCUUAGAUAUCAGAAAUCAUCAGAUCCCAGAAGACCAAGAAGACUGGCCCGAACUAAGACUAAGCAGUCAACAGAUGACAAAAGAAAUGCUGGGCCAAGGCAAACACGAACCCAAGAGGCCAGAGACCACAACCCAGAUAAGACUGCCCAUGGAAAAACAAGAUCAACUUCCAGAAGGGCUAAGCCUGUGAGUGAAAGCAGCAUCAGCAACAUGAAAGGAGUUAUAUCUUCUUCAAGACGAAUAACUAGAUCUGCAACCCAAAAGCCCCGUAGUCACCGGAAUGGCCGUGGUAUUUCGGGACUCACUGACCAGUCAGCAAAGACCCCCAAAAAUGACAUCCGAAAGGAGACUGAGGCUAAUUUGGUUUCAGAGAGGAAGAAAAGGGCUUGUGGGAAUUCCUUAGUCCAGAAAAUGCAUUUCAAGAGCAGAGAUCCAUCAGACCGUCGAGGAAAAGUAGAUUUCCUCAACUCAGAGUGUGCAGCAUCGAAGAAAGUUCUUCCUCAACCAUGUCGUUCCUUGGAAGCAAAGCUACCAGUCCUGAUUACAGGGCAGUGUCGCAUGUCUCAAAGGCAUAGACCUAACCCUCUGUGGGUCAAUGAAUAUGAUAUUGCAAGCCAAAGCAGGAACAGCAUUGGUGAGAAUGUUGGAGAAGAAAAUGUGGAUGGCUGCAUUUCAGUGAAAAACCUACUAUCCCAGAAGUUCAUAUCUUAUGAUAAUUACAAAGGUGACGACAGAGUAUCUGGUCAUAUAGUUGGAGAGCGAAAUAAUGAAGGAUGCAGUAGAGGAGGAAACACAGAAAACCAUUCAGGGGCAAAUAUGUACACACGUUGGCAAAUCCAAGAAAAAGGAGUCCGAAUGGGGCAGGACCUCCAGGAGACUUUCCUCGGUCAAGAUCUGUGUUCCUCCUGCAAUGUGGAUGAGGAUUCAAUUAAUUGGGCACCAUAUAACCCAAUGGGACAGGAAGUUUCAGAGCCUUCAGAAUUGGGCAAAGGGAAAAGCAGGGGCUUGCCUACUCGGUCUGUUCGGGAAACAACCACUCAAGGAAACGAGAGAAAUGCUCAAGGGGAGAACUGUCUACAUUCAGCUGCUGAGAAAGGAGAUUUGACAUUAGCGAAAGCACUAAUAGAGUCUGGAGCCCGCGUAAAUCAACAGGAUCAUGCAGGCCGGACAGGACUGCAUGAGGCCUCUAAGAGGGGAUUUACCAAGAUUAUCGUAGAACUAUUGAAAGCUGGGGCAAAUGUUAACAGUAAUGACCUGGAUGGGAUCUCACCCUUACAUGAUGCUGUUUCGGGCAAUCAUUUAAAGGCUGCUGAGAUUCUGCUCCGGUAUGGAGCAAAUCCGAAGCAAAAGGAUGACCGUGAGAGAAGUGCUUUGGAUGAAGCCACCGAUGAGAAGAUGAAGAUGUUGUUGAAGUCUUUUGGUCCUCGUGAGACUAGAAAAUCUAGUUAUGCAAGCACCAUUGAUCCAGAAGGGGAGGAAACAUCUAAUAGGUCAAGAAAAUCACAACAGUGCUAUUGUCAUGGCUGUACAGAUGUUGAUCUACCUUCAUUUUCAAACCAAGACCAAAUGAGAAAUACGUCUCCAACUCAUGAAAGCAUCAGUGCCAUUUUACAAGACAUUGAAGAGAAACAAGAAAACCUACUGCAGUUUGAAAUAAGAACUCAUGAAGACUCAGAACAGUACAGUCAGAAGAUGCUUCAGAUCAAAGCGUUUCUGGAUGAUGUGCUUGCCAAACAGAAGGAGGAAAGAGAUAAACUUGCUAAAAGAUACAGGACUUCCAAGGACUCUUUUAGGGCCGGGGCUUUGAAGGAGAAACUAACUAACCUGGCUUCGAGACAGAAGAGACUUUUGGUUGUGGCUCACAAGCAGCGAGAAGUAAGCCAUAAAAUCCAGAACUUCAAGACUAUGAAACAAGCUUCUGUGAGGCAACAAGCCGCCAGCUCGGGCAGCCGCGGAGACGACGACAAGCAGAACCCUGUGGCUGCUGAGAAAACAAAGCACCCUUCGGCCGCUUCGCUUCCCCUGAGCCCUGCCACUAGCUGCUCUCUUGGAAGCAGCUCUGAGACACAGCUGUUUUCAGAAAGUAGGUUUUUUGAUCAGGCGGACAGCCAAAGUCCAAACAGCUGGAUGAGGGAGGAGGAAACAGAAGAAGUACUUGGCCAGGAAGAAUGUUCUUUAAAUGAUCAGACAGCUAAAAGGAAGGCUGAGGGAGGCUCCUCAGAUCAUACCUCAACACCCCACUACCCGGACAUCACCGAGAUGGGAGCAUUUCCAUUAGAACCUGUAGGUUUCAUUAGUCAAACAAAAUAUUCAAAGCGAAAGGCAAAUCAUCUUUCUGAAAUUGCACCCAAAGAAAGUGAAUCCCCAGAUCCCUCUGCAAAAACCAGAACAUCGAAUAUUUCUGGGGCAACAAGCGAAAUUGUCAAAAAGAAUUCCUGUCAGCCAACCGCUGCCUGUAGCCAGGCUCCUGCCUGUUGGAAUUCACCAGGAGGCACCAGUAUGAAAGCAGCUUCCCAGGAGCCAUCUACGGAAAGGUCCGAAAGAUCAUCGAGACCUUUGCCCGUGGAUCACGGAGACCCACUUGGAGGCAGGGAAGCUUUGCUUAAAACCAAACCGGAUCAUCCCAAGUCGACGCAAGCUGAUGGACUUGCAAAUGAUAGCCAAAACUCUUUCACCCCACUGUCACCCAGCCAACCCAGUAAACAGCAAUCCUCCAACCACAGAACAGAGAGAGAAAGGCGGAACAUGAGGAUCCGUGAUCUGAUGUUACAAGGAAAGAUUAUGCCAGGAGAAGAUGUUCUGGAAUUCAAGAUGCAGAACCUCAGUUAUAAAGCCAGUAUUUUGCCCAAUGGAAAAGUGAAGGAUGAGAGCGGAAAUAUUUAUAUCAGCCCUAUUGCCUGGAUUAAACAACUCCUAGGAAGUAAUAUUUAUGUGACCUGGAAGUACGUGUGGAAUAAGGUAACCUAUCUUGGGAAGGAGCUUUCUAAGUACGUUUCUGAAGAAGUACACAAACCUGUGGAACCAAAAUUGCCUCCGCCAAACCAGCCCUGCCCACCAGCUUAUACAGGAUCAUCCAGCCAGUGGACUUCAAAGCCAGAUAUCACCCAUAUUCUGCAACUAAAGGAAAUGCUGUUAAUAAGUAACCAAGAACUUUUGCCUAGCCACAUGAUGGAUCAGCAGUGGCAAUUCUAUGUGGAAUGUGAGGAGCUCGCCUUCUAAGAAGACCCUGAAUGUAACAAGUUUUUUUUUCUUAAUUAUUUAUUAACUUAAAGUAUUGCUAUCCAAAACUCAGACUUUACCUUCUUCAGUCUAGUAAAUCCUCUUCUGAGGUAGAAGUCCUCUGUUAGUAAAUGAUCUGGAAUCUUUAUGAACUCAGAUUAAUAUAAGGAAAUGGAAGAUCUCCAUCCAUUGUGCCAAAUGGAUACCAAGAACCGUACUUUACCUUUCAAGUUGCUUAUAAGGAUAUUAGAUAAUUUUUCAUGUAGUGUCCCCUAGUGAUAAUAAAUGCUAACAGAGACUUCUCCCAAAUAACCAUUGGCUCAGCUGGCCUAAUUCGUGAUUUCUGGAAUAGAUGAAAUAAAUCAUUAAGCAAAUUUGGCAUGUUAGUACACAGUCAGUUUUAAAAAAAUUCUUCUGAUGUGAAAGCCUAUGAAGUCAUCAUGAAACUAGCAUUUUAAAAUGACUUCUUCCAUGCAUUUUCAGUUACCUUAAAGAUAACCAAAGAUUUGGGGGAUUUCAUCUAUAAGCAGCCUAUUUUUGCUUAAAUGAUUUAGGGUAAUCCCUAAAGAUAAGUGAUACUACUUGCUAAAUGGUCCUUUUUCAGACUUUCUGAAUAGUUUUUAGUCAAGUUUUAAAGUUGAUGUUCACAGUUCUGGGGAAUUAGACAGGGGAAGGGAUCAGAGGAUAAACUGUGUAAGUUGGGGGUCUAAAAGGAUACUGGCUCAGUCUUGGAAUUCACUGACCAGGCUUUUGACAGCAUCCACAGUUCAAAUCCCAGCUGUUAUAAUAACCGUUGUAAUAACAGCCCAUUUGGUAUUGUAAGCAUUUAAUAUGAUGAUCCCUGCGGGGAAAAGGAGAUAAGCCAUGAAAACACCUAUAUUCCAGAUUUCUUAAAUGUUCAUAGUAUACCCAGUAAUGCUGUUUUUGUGCUUCUUAAAUUAAAAAUCAGUUCCAAAGCAAUGGCAGCUCACCUAUUUUAUGCGGUUUUGUUAGAGUUAAGGAUACUCAGUAGUUAAGGACACUCAGCCUUGAGUUGACCCAAAUAUGACCUUUUGCACCUUUUGGAAGGUUUACUGACUAAUCUUAAAAAUAAUACAUUGUCUCCGCAGU